UUGCUCCUCCUCCUGAGCUCUCGGGACCGACUUCCCUUUGCUGAUGAAACCCAUCUGUGAUUUCCGAUCUGAUGAGCGUUUCUGACACAAGCAAGAUCUUUGCGGGUGAUCUUCGGGGUGUUGGCUAAGGCUUAGACCCACACGAGGUGUCAAAGAAAGGGGCGCAAAACGAUUGUAUCACACACAAAGCAUUCGGUUUUUCUCGGCAAGAUGACCUUGGCUCUGGCUGCAAUGACCCCGCUGGCCUCGGGGCCCAAAGGUAGUCAUAACUCGAAUUCGGAGGUGGAUAUGAUGGUAGAAAAUGAUGCGAUCCAUGCGGCACUGAAUGGACCCCCACGCAAGAGAAAAAGGACCCGAAAGGUUCAAACAGACCGCAAGUUCGAAUGUACAUUUGAUGGAUGCGGCAAGAGUUACUCGCGAGCGGAGCAUUUGUACCGCCAUCAACUAAACCACACCCCCAAGCAAAUCUACCGAUGCGAUUUCCCAGAUUGUUACCGAUCCUUUGUGCGACAAGACCUAUGCGUACGGCAUAGAGAACGUCAUACUACCCAGGGAUCGCAAUUGCAGAAGCGUGAUCACUUCGCUCAGGCAGCAGCAAGUAACGGCAACCUACGAAAGCCACAGCUAACACAAACCAUGCCUCAGAUGAACGGCAGCCAGGCCUCGCCUCUUAUUCCUCUCUCAUCCCCUAAAUACCCGUCCACUCAGGCGUCAAUAGAAGGUCGGAUGGAAAUCAGUGCUCCAAGCCAGCACGUUCCUAUACCAUCACCUCCGGGAUCCGUUGAAAUGGGCCAGGCGUUUAGCUACCAGACCUUGGUCUCACAUCAUAGCGUUGAGCUCUCAGAUCCUACAUUUUCGCGGUCGAACAGUUCGAGCAACCAUACUCUCAGCUCCCCACCCGGACAUUCGAGCACGACAACGUUUAGUCCACCCGACAUACAAGCUGCGUCUCAUGCUGUGCUCAAUCGUCAUUCUUCUGGCAAGCCUUCGCCCAAAGCCAGAGAUCUGGGCCAAGACGCUCGAUCGCGCCACUCCUUGACCGAAAUUAGUUCCAUCUCACAUGAUAUUCAUGGAUCAUCGCUGGGUCAUUCCGCUUCCUACCCGGGCUUGCAGAUGCCUAUAGGAGGAUACACAGAUAUUUCGAUGGCGCCGGCGACUUCUUCAACAUCGACAUCUCUGGACCCAGUGGCACUCGAUUCUAUGUCUGGAAUGAUGACUUCCGGGCCGACAGUGGGAGACGGCGGUUUCGACUCGCUGGCCUCCUGCGUUUAUCCGGUCUUCGGCGGGGAAGCCCACAACCGGUCCCCGUUCGCAAUGGCAGACGAUUUCACCGCCUGGCUGUUCAACGAUCCCGUCACUGGUUCACCAUCGACGGGAUACCCUGCAGCUACCAAUGUGGUUCCAAACUACUUGGAUGCCGUCCAAUUGCAGAAUCAAUUUUUCAUAAGUGAUCCUGCAUAUGGCAGCUUCUUAAGCGGUGUCAUUCCGCAUCACCCCAUGAGCGUGACUAGUAUCCUGGAUCCUGGAUCACCUCGGGCCAUCAUGUCCGAGGAGAAGAGACAAGAACUCCUAGCGCUCAUGAGUUCUAGGUUCAAUGAGGCCUUCUAUUCGGUAGCAGCCAAGCGGAAGGAUGCUCUUAUGGAGGGUGAUAUUGACGACGAUGACCAUGUUCUCAGUCUACGCAUGAUGCAGACGUACAUCGGUUCGUAUUGGUAUCACUUCCACUCCCAGCUACCCAUCCUGCAUCGUCCGACAUUUGUGGCUGAUAAAGCUCCCAAUCUCCUUUUGCUCGCCGUGAUGGCCAUUGGUGCAUCGACUUUGGAUAAAAUUCACGGACCGGAGGUGACGGAGGCGGCAUCUGAGCUGGCAAACUUCAUUGCAUGGCAUCUACGGACAGAGCUUUUUAUGGACGGGGACUUUCGUCCGCCAGCCAAGCUCUGGAUUUUCCAAGCGUUGCUGCUGCUAGAGGUAUAUGAAAAGAUGUUCUCUACGCGUGCGCUGCACGAGCGGGCGCAUAUCCAUCAUGACACUACACUCACGCUGAUGCGACGCGGUAGCUCAUUGAUUGGUCGCUCCGCGUUAGAGUCGCCUGCAAGCUUGCGGGAAGACCGGCAGGCCCGGUCGGCCUCUGGAUCGACAAUGGCGCCAGAUUUUGCGGCUGAGGAGUCAUGGACUCACUGGAUCAAGGCCGAGGCUACGAGGCGAGUGGCCUUUGCGGCUUUUGUGUUGGACUCCACCCACGCCACAAUGUUCGGGCACUCGGCUAAGAUGGUCGCGCACGAGCUUCGGUUGCCUUUGCCUUGUGAUGAAGCGCUGUGGUCUGCAACCAGCGCCUCAGAGGUGGCUCGCGUGCAAUCGAGCCUGCAUGCCAACGGCGUCAAGCCCGUCAUGUUUCUAGAUGGGCUCAAGAAAACUCUUAACGGCCAGCGGGUCCGGACGAAUGCCUUUGGCCGGACGAUCCUCAUGGCUGGAUUGCUAAGCGUCAGCUGGCAUAUGAACCAACGAGACCUCCAGGUGAGCUCACUAGGCGGCCCGCCGGCGCUGGGGGGCCGGGACAAAUGGCGGUCAGCGCUGUUGCGAGCUUUUGAUAAUUGGCGACGAGACUUUGAUGAAGCGCUGGGCCAGUCAGGAUCCGGGCCGUUCCCAAGUGGAUACCGUCCCCGGCAUCCUCUCGAUGACGACAACGUCUUCGAGUCGCGCGACGUGCUGCAUGGAUUAGCACACAUGGCUUCUCACGUUGAUAUCGUUGAUUGUCAGAUCUUUGCUGGUGCCGGUCGGCUCAUGGGACGGUCCAUAACCCCGAGAGACUACAAAGCUGCGCGCGAAAAAAUGGUGGAUCGAUGGGCCACGAAGGCGACCGCCCGCGAUGCCACAUUCUAUGCCUUGAAGUUCUUGUCUGAGUGCCUUUUGGAUGAGAAACGGGCUUUGAAUGAAGAUGGCGAACUGUAUUCCGGCCGGGACGACUACCUCCUCAACCGGCCGUGGGUGUUGUACGUUGCGGCACUUGUGGUCUGGUGCUAUGGAUAUGCAUUGGAAGGGCCUAUCGCUACUCCUGUCAAGCUGGCCACCCCUGCUGAGCAGCAGCGCGACAUGCAGGAGUUUCUUCGACGGGUAGGCGGUGUUCGUGAGCCCAGCGACUUGGAGUCGAUGAGAGGACGCAACCGCUGUAUGGGCUUGUUGUUGAUUCUCCGUGACGGGUUCACUAACACUCGCUGGGAAUUACUGACUGAGGCGGGCAACCUGCUCAGCAGCUGUAUAGACAAGCUGAAUGGGGGAGCAGCUUGAACAUUUCACCAGUACAUUCUUGUUUCAUGUCUGUGUAUAUAGCGUCUGGGCGGACUUUCGUUUCUUUUGUACAUGUGAGGUGCGUCAAUUGU